AUGGCCUGCGGUUCUGGAUGUUGCGGCACGCCCACGGCUCCUCCCACCGUCUCUUGCGCGCCGGCCCCACCGCCGGUUAACCGUGAUGCAGGCAGUUGUUACAAAGCCGGCCGCGAUUCUACCACCAGCUUGAUUAUUGAUGGCCAAGUCGAAUGCUGCCAGUCUUCACAGCUACAGCUGAACUCCAGGACGACGACCGCGGUACCGGCUCGGCCAAAGACGCCCCCAAAAAAGACGGCUGUUGCUCGUCCAAGCCUGCCAACGACGAGUCCCAGUCCCUCAAGCCUCCCAGCUGCUGCGAAGGGAGACCGUCUCCUUGCUGCGAUUCCUCCUGCAUCGACCGACUUGCUCUCCGUGAGUGUGCCGCUGGGUACAAUCCAUGUACCCUCUGAGUGUACCCGUGGAAAGGGCGGAAGGCCGUGUCGGCAGCACGCCCGCAGCGCCCGCGAGCAGUAUCAGUUCAAGCUCGAAGCGCUAGGUUGCAUCUGCCGCGCGCUGCUCGCUCUGGGUCAAGAAUCCUGCUGUACGCCGCGGCGGCAAUCGUCUUUGGAGAGGAGACGCUCCUGCUCUCGUGCUUCGGUUGUCUCUCGUGCGUCUGCCGACUCUUGCUGUGCACUGAAGGCGAGCGCAUGUGGAUCUACCCCGAAGCCGGGGUCCAGCAAAGGAUGCUCCACUGCCCAGCCUGCCUCCUGCGCCGAUGCUUGUUGCGAUGGGCAAGCUUCGGGAGGGAACCCUCCCUCUUCAUGCGCCGACGCCUGCUACAGUGAGAAGGUAGCGACGCAGAAGCGCAAGAAAAUCGAGGCUGGCACGGCGCGCAAUGUCGACCUUGAAAGAGCUCUUUCUGGGAAGGAACAUGUAAUCCUCAGUAUCUCGGGCAUGACUUGCACUGGAUGUGAGACUAAACUAUCCCGCACACUAACAACACUUCCCGCAAUCACAAAACUGAAAACAAGCCUGGUUCUCUCGCGGGCGGAGUUUGACCUCGAUAUCGGCACCACCUCUGUGGUUGAGGUCAUCAAACAUCUUGAGAGGACCACCGAAUUCGAGUGCGAACGCGUCACGAACCAUGGCUCCAGCCUUGAUCUCAUUUGUCACGGCGAUCCAAGUGACAUUGUCAAGGGCGACUGGCCAGAUGGCGUCUUGGAAGUGAAGAUGGUAGACAAGAAGACCAUCCGUGUCGACUUUGACGCAAGGGUCGUCGGCGCGCGAGACCUCGUUGAAAAGGGCUGGCCCAAUUCCAUGACACUCGCUCCGCCUCGUACUGAUCCUACUCUAGACGCCGGCGCUAGACAUGUCCGCCGCGUCGGAUACAUGACGUUGCUGUCGAUUGUGCUGACCAUUCCCGUCCUCGUGCUGGCAUGGGCUCCACUUCCGGACAAAGAGAAGAAGGAGGUCACCAUCAGUUCUGUCUCGCUUGCUUUCGCAACUGUCAUCCAAUUUGUGAUUGCCGGGCCAUUUUAUCCAAAGGCGCUGAAGGCUUUGAUCUUCUCGAGAGUGAUUGAGAUGGAUUUGCUCAUUGUUCUGAGUACAAGCGCAGCCUACAUCUUCUCCGUCGUGGCGUUCGGCCAUCUUGUUGCCCACAAGCCCUUGUCCACCGGCGAAUUCUUCGAAACCAGUACGUUGCUCGUCACGCUCAUCAUGAUCGGUCGCUAUAUCGCUGCAUUGGCACGACAGAAAGCCGUCGAAUCCAUUUCGAUCCGGUCGCUGCAAACCUCUAGUGCUACAAUCGUGGACAAGGACGGCGUUGAGAAGGAAUUCGAUGCAAGGCUACUUCAGUAUGGCGACGUAUUUAAGGUAACCCCCGAAUCAAGGGUCCCGACCGAUGGAACCGUUAUCUCUGGCUCUUCUGAAAUCGACGAGUCCAUGCUUACUGGAGAAUCAAGGCCUGUUGAAAAGUUCAAGGGGUCUCCUGUCAUUGCCGGAUCAAUCAAUGGGUCAGGAGUACUAACCGUUCGACUCACCCGAAUUCCGGGUGACAACACAAUUAGUACUAUCGCCGGAAUGGUCGACGAAGCAAAGCUGUCUAAGCCCCAGAUUCAGAGGAUUGCCGAUCGCGUAGCAAGCUACUUUGUUCCCGUUGUCGUCACCAUCACCAUCGUUGUCUUUUGCAUCUGGAUUGCAGUUGGCAUCGCCGUUCAGAACAAGUCUGGAUCCGACGCCACCAUUCAGGCCAUUACAUAUGCCAUCACUGUCCUGAUCGUGUCCUGCCCUUGCGCCAUCGGCCUCGCCGUCCCAAUGGUCAUUGUCGUCGCAACCGGAGUUGCCGCCGAGAGAGGCGUCAUUUUCAAAUCUGCUGAGGCCAUCGAGCUUACCAUCGCUCGAGAGGAGUACCCCAGCGCUUCUCCCAGCACGAAGGCUCUCCUCUUGGGCCUAAUCGGAAGCAGUAAGCAUCCAGUAUCCGUUGCCGUGGCCGCCCACCUCAGAACGAACGGUGUCACAGCCAUCACAGUAUCCGAUCCUAAGAACAUAGUCGGCAGAGGUCUCGAGGGCACUUUUGCAAGCCGCACCCUCCGUGCAGGUAAUUCCAGAUGGCUGGGCCUUUCGGACGAUGCUCUUGUUGAAUCGAUUCUUUCCCAGGGCUAUACAGCCUUUUGCUUCACGGUGGAUGGCUCACUCGCCGGCGUGUUCGGCCUUGAGGACUCUGUACGAGAGGAUACUCUCCCCACCAUCACCAAGCUGCAGCAAAACGGCAUCUCCGUCCAUGUCCUCUCCGGCGACGACGACGGUGCCGUCCGAGCGGUCGCAUCCCAACUCGGGAUCCCCGACGCCAACGUCCGAUCUCGCUGCACUCCGGCAGACAAGCAAGCCUACGUCAAGGACCUUCUCGCCACCAAUUCCGACCCGCGUACACGGAAGAAGAAAAUGAAACAGCCCGUCCUCAUCUUCUGCGGCGACGGAACCAACGACGCCGUCGCCCUGGCCCAGGCCACCAUCGGUGUGCACCUGAAGCAAGGCACCGACGUGGCCCAAUCCGCCGCAGACGUCGUCCUGAUGCGUCCCGGCGUGUCGGGCAUCCUCGUCGCCAUGGCCGCCAGCCGGAAAUCGAUGCACCGGAUUGCCUUCAAUUUCGCCUGGAGCGGAGUGUACAACGUGUUUGCCGUCCUGCUCGCCGCCGGCGCGUUUGUAAGUGCGCGCGUUCCGCCGCGGUUUGCGGGGCUUGGGGAGCUGGUCAGCGUUUUGCCGGUCGUUGUGGUGGGUGUGAUGAUGAGGUGGGCGAGGAUUUAG